AUGAGGCCGGUUGGACUGCUUCCCGUCAGGUAUUGUAUUUGGGCCGCGUCCUGGGUCUUCCUGGUCCAGAUUGCAGCUCUCGGGCAAACGGGCGCCGGAUCCUCCCUUCUUCGCAUCAUCCGCAACCCGGCGGGUAAUGCUCGAAUCCCUCUUCCCUCUUCGGCUUCGAUCUCCUCCGCCAGGCAGGAGGAUACCCUUGCGACUAGCGAGCCUCCCCGCGCCAGUCGAGGCUUCGCCCGCUUCCUCCGCGCCAGCCGGGCUACGCCCGCCUACUCUGCAUCAGCCGGAGCUUCGCCCGAAGCCUCCAUCCUCGCUUCCGCCGGAUCGCAACACCAAGCCUCCCUCCCUUCGACUCUCUUGCUGCCGCCUUUAUUCUCUCUUCAAACUACCGGUCUUGGUGAUUGGCAGAGGGAUUGCAGAAUGGCCCGGGCUCCGGAAGUGCAGAAUAGGGCGGGAAGGCCCAUGAUGCCUUCUGUUCAGGCCAGGGGGCCUCCCCCGCCUGCCCGCCCUCGCGUCGAGCCUGUCGACCGUGAGAAGACUUGCCCUCUCUUGCUUCGAGUUUUUACAAAGGUAGGCAUGAAAACCUCCUCUAUAUCUCAUUGGUCAUUGAAAUUCACUUGUUACUAAUAUUAUGUUCUUAGGAAUUAAUUUAAUCAGCUUUGUUACAUGGGCACAAAUACUCUACUUAGCCUCAUGCUCUAUAAUGGGUCAUUGGGGCUCUGUUGAGUAUUCAAAGUUUAAGUUUAUCAUCAUAAAGUUUGCUGGUAUUCUUUCUUCAGUUUUUAAAGUUCAUAAUUUGCAGUCUUUGGAGCAUUCAAAUGCAUAGUUGCUAUUAUGGUAUUAUGUGACAUUCUAGUAUAUUGCUGAGAAUAGGUACAAAAAUAAAAGUGCGAUAGAAAGGCAUUUGUAUCUAUCUUGUUUUCCACAAGAAGAAAACAUAUACCGCUGAUGUAAUUUCCAUUUUUAUUUAUGCCGUGUUAGCAUUCCUGUGGAUCCCGUCCACCUAUGCUUUCUUUUUACUUCUUUUUGCCAAGUUGACCAGUUGAUGCACUAGCUAAUGCAUGUAGGCUCUUGUUUAUUACGCUUACUAGGUUUAG